AAUUUUAGAAAAACCGAAAAAGGAGAAAGAAAAAAGAAAAAGAAAAGAAGAAUCCAAUUCUUAAGCAUUACUUGAGAUUUGAGAAUUUCCAAUUUCGUAGCAUCUUCAAUCAAUUCUCUUCUUCCAGUUUUCCUUUCGAAUUUCUAAAUCUACUCAAUGGAUUUGAGGGGACCAUCGCUUUAUUUUUUGCUCAUAUUUCUGCUUGGGAUCGCUGUUCGGUUUUCUCCCUCUGGAGCUUCAAUCUCUAGCAAAGAUGUCAACCCUCCAUACCCUAAAGCUAUUUCUGACCUGAAGGAGUCAAUUGUUAAGGGAUUAGGUUUCCAAGAUGAGGAUUUCAAGAUAUCCGGGUUUGAUUUGAGGGACGCCCUUGUGGGUAGGUCAGUGUCUUACGAAUUUGAUGUUGAGAUUGAUAAUAAAGUUAUUCCCUUGAAGCUUUUGGAGGAUGUGAAUAGAUGGGAGUUCGUAGAUUUGCCUAUUUUCCGGGUAGAGCGAGGUGAAGAAAAUGGGUUGGUGGAGAGGCGGAGAUUGGAGAAUCAGGUGCCUGUUUUGGCGCCUUUUACUUUGGCAGGUCCGAUGGAGCUUUGGAUCCAAGAUGCCAAGGACAUGAGAAUUUCGCUACCACAUGAUGUGGAUGCCGGGGAGCUGAGGAAAGUGAUCUUAGCCGAUGGUGCUGUUGUUACAGUCAAAGGUGCCAGAUCUGUUAGCCUGCGCCAUCCAAUAGAGCUUCCACUGCCCUUCAACAGAACGACAAAUGGAUUUGCCUCUGGUCUGUUGGCAUUGGCUGAAUAUUUACGUCAAGCUUCUCUAACUGAAGGGGGACCUCUCCUCUCUCUUCGAAUUGUUGGUCCUACAUCUCUUACAUCCCCUACCUCACAAUCUUCCCCUUCUGCAAACAAACUUAAGAUUAAACGGCUUGCACCUGGUCUUGUUGAGUUGUCAUCAGUAUCAAAAAUGAAAGCCAUCUCCACCAUCGAUCUCCAGGGAGAAACCACUGCGAUCCUUACACCCCAUCAAUAUACUACAUUGUGGCCUGUCACAUCUGUCAAUGGUUCAAACUCAAACUUGCUUGGUUUUGAGGCCUUGCUUACUAAUGUACUGGGCCCUAAAGCAAGUCAAAAGGGUUCUUUCAAAUUGCUGAAGGCAGAUGUAUCAGCCCAGACUUUCGUGAAGAUUGGUUUUGGAGUCGAGAAGAAGUUGAAGGAAGGAGAUGGAUUCAAUUGGGAGGGUUAUCCAGAGUGGAGAACUAAGCCUGAAUCGGUGAGGAUGCAUUUUGAAGUUCUGGCAAAGGUAGAUGGGGACAAAGUUGUGCCAGAGAGAGUCGUGCAGGUUGAUCCGAUAACUAUAGAGGAUACAGUGGCACCAAGUGUGCUCAUGGGCAAUGUCUCCAUGUCAAAAACUCCAAUCAUUUACCCACCUCCAAAUCCAUUCACCUUGUAAACUCUUUAGACGGGUGAGGUUUGUGUUGAGCAAUAUUGUGUAGAUAAAAUUACCCGUUUUCUUUUGUCCUCUCUUUUCGUAGCAAUUACAUACAUCAGGUGGGAAGAGGCCUGACUUUGUAAGAAUUUAUCAAAGAAGUAUCAGGAAUAUAUGCCAGAUCUUUUUGGUACUGUGCAAUUUUUUUAGUUUC